CUGAAGGAAUCACAGAACAAGAAGGGAGACCACUGAGGAGAAGUUCUAUGAGUUCACGGGUGACCUCAGCUGUCAAGUUCCUGGAUGUGGGGAUGGAAAUUGAAGAGGAACUCACAAGCCUCCUGCCGACACUAGACAGAGAGAAAAUAAUCUGCAUUGUAGAACAUCUGACGGACGUUAUUGGUGUACAACAAAAAAGUGAUCUUUUGUUUGUGGAGGCGGAAGAUCUCAAACCCUUUCUCACACCAAUUCAAAUACGUAAACUACUUCUUGCAUUUAAAGAUGGCAACAGACCAGAGAACCUGAAUGACACCAUUACUCUGGAGCUUUGCCCUGCUGCAUCAGCUGAAACAUCAAGCCAUCCACCUCACCCCUCCUCCUCCACGUCCACCACUAUGUACAACCAUUACUCCAGCUCUUGGGUCUCACACUUACAGAUUCCUUGGGGAAGAUUUCCACUCCGAUUGUCGCAUGCAAUCACAAGAGGAGACAGAGCUCAUCCAGAGGACAGGAGAAGUAUGGUUAGAAUUGUUGUGGAGGCCAUGCAAGUUCACUGCAGGAACCCUAAACGUGCAUCUUGUGAAGAAGUUGCUAAAAUCAUUGUAAACAGAUACCCUCAAACAUUUGCAGAUUUUACUGAAAAGGGAGAAAGACUGGGUUGUGGACAUUAUUCACUACUAAGAAGCAUCAAAUCUAGAGUUGAACAUGUUAAUCGAGAUAAUACAACACAUAGACUUCGUCAAACAAAGAGAACCAGGAAUGAGGAAGACUGCAGUCCCAACAGUAAUGCAACCUCACCUAAAAAAGUUAGAUGCCUUGUGGAUAGCUAUGGUUGUAUAAAUUGGCAACCAGUUGAACUUCCUGAGGGGGAAACGCCAGCUUCUUUAGAGGAAAAGAAACACAUCCUGUUGACAAUUUUUAAUUCAGAAGGACCUGGAGCUGUGGAGAGACCUGAUGUGGAUGACUUCAUGUGCCUCACAUAUAUUUCUCAGCGCCAGCUUAUCAACAGUUGUCGCUCACUUUCAGUAGCUGAAAUUCAGGAGCAGUGGCCAUUCUUGUUUACUCGGAAAGGUCUUUCGAACCACUUUUACAAACUCACAGGCAUCGAUAUCAGUGAGUGCUUAAGUCAGGCCCUCAUAACCAAAGGCAGAAGGAUUAUUAACUAUUUCUCCAGCCAGAAGCUCAAAUGGAAGCUUGGUAUAAGGACACUCAUCCAGCAGAUAGAAAGUGAGGGAGUUUUGACCAACAACAAGGUUGGCACAGCAACCAUACUUCUCAUGAUGAAGUAUUACAAGGAAGAUGAAGACUCCCUCUUUGUCUUAGCAGAUGAAACAUCUACCAGGAUGUCCCUUGAAGCAGAGAGCAACCUGGCAAUCACUCCAAGGCUGAUUAUGCUUGGUAAGAAGUCAUUUAUGAAAUAGAGCUGAUUAGACAAUAUUAUAAUUUCUGUUUGGCACAGGAGCUUUUCGUGGAUGCAGGUAUCCAGUCUCUGUUUUGUUAGCUCACAUUUCUGUAAUUUCCUUUAUAAACCAAGGUUGUUGAACAUGUGUCUCAGUGAACCCAGCAAGGUAACAAUAUCAAAUUUCACAUUACAUAUUACUGAUCAACAUGGUAGUCUAGCUACACCAACAGCAGAAAUACUGAAGUCAAUACUGUAAAGUUUAACAGCAGCACACACUAUAAACUCCAAAAUAACCAUACAGUUAAUACCUAAUUUACCAUACCGGUAAUUUAAUUGGGCUGACUCUUUGUUAGGUGUGUUUAAUGUGCAGAAUAAUUCCCAAUUAUGUACAAUUCUAAUAUGUUAACACGGACUACAUAAGGCCAUUAAUGAUUAACUGUACGUAGCUAUUUGCUUUUUGAUUAUCUAGACAGUGUGAAGAAGUGAAGUAUUGAAAUUAUUUUAUGUUGCAUAAUGACAACAUGUUGCCCCUAUACAUUUAAG